AUGCCCCUCCGUCCCUCGGCAGCCAAGGACAUGGCAGCGGGGCAGAGGACGCUGAUGGCCCUGGGGAGCCUGGCGGUCACCAAGAACGACGGGAACUACCACGGGGACCCCAACUGGUUCAUGAAGAAAGCGCAGGAGCACAAGCGGGAGUUCACCGAGAGCCAGCUGAAGGAGGGCAAGAACGUCAUCGGCUUACAGAUGGGGAGCAACAAGGGGGCAUCACAGGCGGGGAUGAGCUACGGCCGGCCCCGGCAGAUCAUCAGCUAG